AUGAGGAUCAUCAUUCUCUAUACAGAAUCUGCAGCUCUCACCCGUGCCUUCAUUGCCUACCCCGAGCUGAUGGGUAAUAAAAACAGUGUGACAGAAUUCAUUCUAUUGGGACUUAUGCCGAAUCCAAGGAUGCAGAAAGUCAUCUUUGUUGUCUUUUUAAUCAUCUACCUCAUCACCAUGGUGGGAAAUCUAAUCAUUGUUGAAACCAUAACUGCCAGUAAGGCUCUGGACUACUCCAUGUAUUUCUUUCUGGCCUAUUUGUCUUUUAUCAAUGCCUGCUAUUCUUCUGUCAACACACCGAAACUGAUCAGUGACUCUCUCUAUGAGAAGAAAAUCAUCUAUUUCAAAGGCUGUAUGACUCAGGUCUUUGGAGAGAAUUAUUUUAGGAGGGCCAAAAUUAUUCUCCUUACAGUCAUGGCCUGUGACCAUUGCAUGGCAAUAUGUAAGCCGCUGCAUUACACGACCAUCAUGAACUGGCAUGUGUAUGGUGUGCUGGUGGGGGUUGUCUGGAUAGGAUGCCUUGUGUAUGCGACCAUCCAGAUUCUGUUCAUGGUCGAUUUACCCUUCUGUGACCCCAACAUCCGCGAUCAUUUCCUGUGUGAUUUGCACCCUUUGCUGAACCUUGCCUGCACAAACACCCACACCCUUGGCCUCUUUCUAGCCACCAGCAGUGGGUUGAUCUAUUAA